AUGGAAUCUUUUAUUCAUGAUCUCGAUGAAGAAGUCGCAAAAAAGCAAGGGACUCAUACGAACGAUCAUCAAUCAAAGACAGAGAAGCCGCCCAAAAGUACUCUGAGCGGUGAUACAACCAAUGAUAAGGCUCAAACAGGUAUGACUGGACCUAGUUGGACAGGUGGCAUCGGUCAAGGAGAAAACAAAUGUCAUGGUGGUGGACCUGAUCAUCAUCCAGAUGAACUCGAUUGCGAACAUUGCCGCAAACAUUAA